AAUUUUCAAAAACUACUGCAGCCUGUACCAACCAACACCAACAUCACUUGCCAGCCGCCAGAAGAUAGCAACAGUCAGCAAACGCCCUACUUAGCAACAAAUUGCAUUCUACAUUAUAUUUUUGAAAAUUCUUCAUCCCACAUAUAUUAUAUUUGUUAAAAAAUCUACGUGUAAUAGGUCAAAUAUUGAUACACGAAAAUGCUUCGGCAGAACGUGAGAGAAUUCCAGGACAGAGAAUGACAAUUUUUUAAUUUGCGUGAAGUCGGCUGUGCGCAAUUUGUAACUCGCGUGAAGCUGGCUGCCCCUAACUAUCCACUCUCUUGAAGUUGGCCGUACGCAGUUUUUGACUCGCUUCAAAAAAGCUGUACUUAUUUUGGGCUGGCAGUGCCGUUGUUGUUAGCGACAUCUAGCGGCUGAAUGUAACAUUUUCAGCGUUGCCUUUUGCCUCGUACUUUUAUCGACGUCUGUGCCCCUUGCGCGUUUACUGUCGUUUUGCACGCGCAUUCGUGAAAAUGGCGGCGUUGUCGCUCGGUCGCUGCCAAAUUUUUUGUACAUCCAAAAUAAUCAAAAUAAAGCGACAAUAAAUACAGUGCUAAACAAACUGUCUGUGCCAGAGGCCGCGUACGCGCGUGUGUGUGAAAAUACAAUAAAAGAAAAACAUUCUGGCCAACAAAAAGAAAAUAUAUAACAUUAAUCAGCUAGCGACAAGGAGUUAACGUCGUCGUCGUCGCCAGCGCAUCAGCAGCAGCAGCCGCGUGAAUAAGCGAGUGCGAUUGCAAGAGUGAGCGCUUUUCUGCGGUUGUCGUUUGUCAACGGAGCACCCAAAGGCUUUGGCCAAGUUCGCAUCGGACGGCUACACAGCAUGCGAGUGUUAGACAGGAGCCGUAAUAUCCACAUCAAUAAUAAUAAUUACAACAUGGCACAGACGCACAGUUGAUCAAGAAACCAGGCGGCUAAAGAACGUCACAAGCAGAAGAGAAUCUGGGAAAGAGGGCCGUGUCCAUUUCCGGCUCUUCAAGCGCUAACGCUUCAAAAACCGAAACCGCCACCGCAAAGGUCAAGCAAUGAAUAGUAGCCAAACGGCGCCGCCGGCCACAUCGACUGCCGGCAAUCGUAUCACCUUCACCACCCAGCCACUGCCCAAUGGCACCAUCAAUAUAGGUGGGCCAGGAGGCGGGGGUGUUGGGCAGACGAUCAUCUCAACAGCACAGCUGCCAAAUACGACGACGAUCAAGACCAUAACAGCGGGCAUUGGAGGACAUGGGGUGCCCGGUCUGUCGCAAGUGCAACAUCAGGUGCAUCAGCAAUCACAUCAGCAUCAGCAGCAACAGCAGCAGCAUUCGCAAUCAGUAGGUGCCACCCAAACACAAACCUUAGUUAUUAAAUCCAAUCACCAUGCUGUCACCCUGCCGGCGGGUCUAGUAUCAAGUGCACCAGCAGGAAUCGUAACAAUGACCAAGACCAUAAAUCAGACCGGGCAGCCGCUGCUUAACUCUAUGCUGCCUGCCGGCGUGGUGGUCGGCAUGCGUCCGCAGGCGCCGACGCAGCAGCAGCCAAAGAAUAUGCCCGCAAAUUCGCUCAGUCGUGUCGUCAUCAGCAACUCUCACAUGGGUGGCGUUAGGCCACAGAGUCCAUCGAUAACUUUAGGCACACUUAAUACAGGACAAACGCCUGCACUGUUAGUGAAAACGGAUAAUGGAUUUCAGUUGUUGCGCGUGGGCACGGCCACAUCGACGGGCCCGCCGACGAUGACACAGACCAUAUCUAACACCAGCAGCAACAACAACAACAGCAACAAUAAUAAUAAUAACAACAACACCACAACAACAACCACAAAUCAUCCCAUAACCACACAGAUACGUCUGCAAACUGUGCCGGCUGCAGCUGUAAGUAGAUAUCAUGGCCAAUCGUCAUCACAACAGCAACAACAACAGCAACAGCAACAAACGCAGCUGCAGCAACAGCAACAACAGCAACAGCAUCAAACAACAACACAAGCAUCCUCGCAAGCAACUACUGCCAGCACUAGCAUUGCACUGCGCAAAACGAUUGUCCGUACAUCAUCCACAAUCCUCCCAUCCAGCAAUAAUAAUAUUAAUAAUAUCACCACCAAUACCACCACCACAACCACUACCAACAACAACAACAACAAACCCGCUACUAACUUGCAUCAGCAGCAACAACAGCAGAAGCUACAGCUGCAAAUGAAGCAGCAGCAGCAGCAGCAACAGGCACAGCAGCAACAUAAGCAACAGCAGCAGCAGCAACAGGCCUCUGCCAGUGCCAACAGCGCAGCCGCCGCGGCAGCCGCAGCUGCAGCGGCAAAUGUCGCAGCCACAAUUAAGAUCAAGCAAAACUCGAUGACCAGCACCACCGCCUCCAGCAACAUAAUUGUCAACUCGGUGGCCAGCAGCAAUGCGCACAGUUUCAGCAGCUCGUCACAUCCGCCACAGUUGGCGCAGUUGCAGCAGCAUACGCCGCAUUUGCCCCAAGUAACGCAGAUCCAAACGAUACCAGCCGUACAACCGCAUUCGCAGGCAAACAAUGUCCAAGCGUCAUCGACAGCGAAUGUGACGUCAACGGCGAAUACGAACUCAACAACAACGUCAACGGCAGCGCAGGGCAAUACCAAAGAAAAGUGUCGCAAGUUUUUAGCCAAUUUAAUUGAAUUGUCGACACGCGAACCGAAGCCGGUGGAGAAAAAUGUACGCACGCUUAUCCAGGAGCUGGUCAAUGCGAAUGUGGAGCCAGAGGAGUUUUGUGAUCGCCUGGAGCGUUUGCUCAACGCCAGUCCACAGCCGUGCCUCAUUGGGUUUCUAAAGAAAAGUCUGCCACUGCUGCGCCAGGCGCUCUACACCAAGGAACUGGUCAUUGAGGGCAUCAAACCGCCUCCGCAACAAGUGCUGGGAUUGGCUGGACUUCCGCCGCAGCUUCCGAAAAUACAAGCGCAAAUCCGUCCGAUUGGACUCAGCCAGACAACAACCAUUGGACAGACGCAAGUGCGAAUGAUAACACCAAACUCGUUGAACACGCCGAGGCCGACGAUAGGCCAUACGACUAUAUCCAAGCAGCCGCCAAACAUUCGAUUGCCCACAACGCCGCGGCUGGCCAUAAGGGGCCAAAUGCCCUCGCUGCCAAUGUCCGCGCAGGCGAACAUUGUACAGAUACGCGGACCGCAUAACGCACAGCUGCAGCGAACGGGUGCGGUUCAAAUACGCGCCACAUCUCGUCCGCCAAACAGUACGCCCACGAACAAAGUCACUGCCGUCAAGGUUGGCCAGACACAGAUCAAGGCCAUAACGCCCAGUUUGCAUCCGCCCUCGCUGGCGGCCAUAUCAUCGAACAGUGGACCACCGCCAACACCGACGUUAUCAGUGCUAUCGACGAUAAAUUCGGCAUCGACAACAUCGUUGCCGGUGCCUUCGUUGCCCACAGUACUCCUGCCGCCGGAGGCAUUGAGGGCACGCGAGCAGAUGCAAAAUUCGCUGCAUCACAACAACAACAAUCACUUUGAGCCAAAGCUGGUGGAGAUUAAGGCACCGCAGCUGCCGCAUAUGGAACGUAUCAAUGCCUCGCUGACUCCCAUUUCGGGCAAAACGCUGCCGCGAAGUGCGUUGCCCGUGGCCAACAAGUCGGUAAGUAAAAAGAAAAGGGAUACAGUGGACCGAGAAAGCAAAGAUGAGAAGGCGAAUAGCGGCAGUGGGAUGGCAGGAUCAACAGCGGCCGCAGCCGCCAAUUCAUUUUUCCAACAGAGCUCUAUGUCAUCGUCAAUAUAUGGCGAUGAUGAUAUCAACGAUGUUGCCGCCAUGGGUGGUGUUAAUCUGGCCGAGGAAUCGCAACGCAUUCUUGGAUGUACCGAAAACAUUGGCACGCAGAUAAGGUCCUGCAAGGACGAAGUGUUUCUCAACCUUCCAGCCUUGCAGGCGCGAAUACGCGCGAUAACGGCGGAACGUGGCUUAGACGAACCGUCGCAAGAUGUGGCAGUGCUCAUAUCGCAUGCGUGCCAGGAGCGGCUUAAGAAUAUUGUGGAGAAGUUGGCUGUGAUAGCGGACCACCGCAUUGAUGUCAUCAAGUUGGAUCCACGGUAUGAGCCUGCGAAGGAUGUGCGCGGUCAAAUCAAGUUUCUAGAGGAGUUAGACAAGGCUGAACAAAAGCGACAUGAAGAGCUGGAACGAGAGAUGCUGCUGCGAGCGGCCAAGUCUAGAACGCGAGUCGAAGAUCCUGAGCAGGCAAAAAUGAAGGCGAGGGCAAAAGAAAUGCAGCGAGCGGAAAUGGAGGAGCUGAGGCAGCGCGACGCAAAUUUAACGGCUUUGCAGGCAAUCGGACCACGGAAAAAACUCAAAUUGGAUAGCGAUGCGGCCGGUGUGGGCGUGGGUUCCAGUGGCAGCGGCCUGAUGAGCAACACGGGUACAGCGACUACAACGUUAAGGCCGCGCAUCAAGCGUGUCAAUCUGCGUGACAUGCUCUUCUUCAUGGAGCAGGAGCGAGAGUUUUGUCGCAGCACGAUGCUGUUCAAGACUUACCUCAAGUGAUUGCUGCUGGCGCCGCUGUUGUUUACAUACCUACGCACCUACAAGAGUUCACCUGCGCCUGUCCCUACUCCAAAUCCUGCUCCAGCUACAACUCUAGUUCCAGUUCCAGCUAUAAUUGUUCUAUUAGCGCCUAGCAGCUGCGUUCUUCAAUUUGCAAUAUUAUUUAGCUGUCACAUUUAAUUGCGUCGUCCCUUUGUUGUUUUAGUUAGGCGCCCUAUUUAAAUACAUAUGCGUAGAAAUACCAACUAAAUUGUAAUUAAAAAUUUUUUAAUCUGAUGACAAUUCGUUUUCCAAUUAAAUAGCCAGCAGCACUCAAACCAAACCAAUCCAAAAAAAAAAAAAAGAGAAGCAAAUAAGAAAAACCAACACAAAACAACUCACAGUAGUAAAAAGGAAAAAAACAAAAGCAACACUCAACGUGCAGUUAGCCAACGUAUGAUUUUGUAAUUUGUAACACAAUUAAUUGCAUUAAUUGCAUUGACGGCCUUAUCUAAACGAUAUAAACAUAUAAAUAAUAUGAUUAAAUUGUGUAGCUUAGUUUGUUAAACGAAAUCGAGCGUAAAUUCUAGGCUUAAGUUAGAUUGCGGCAUUCGAGUCCGAGGAACAUAAAAUGGUUUAUAAAACCAUCAUGGCAUAUAAAGCGAAUAAAAAAGAAAGAGGAAGAGAGAAUAAAAUUAUAAACAAACGGAGAAAUAUCCACAUAAAGCAUACAUUGAACUAGUUGUAGUUGUUUAAACAAAUUGAUGUAAUUUUAAUUAGAUUAUGUAUAAAACAAUUACCAGAAACAAACGAUAACAAAACACAUUUGUAAAAAGUCCAGACUAAGUUUUUCAAUAGUUUAACUAGGUAAACGCAACGUAAUUAACAAAUUUACGGCAAAGAACUAAACCCCGAACGUAGUUUUAGGCACUAAAAAUAUGUUUUUUAUAUUAGUGGCGCGUUCGUUCAACCAAAUCGGAAUCAUCAAUAAAAAUGACAAAACUAUUAAAGCUUCUGACUUCCCAUUUCCAAUGGGAUCAGGGUAUAAAAAUCGAUGGAUUGUGUGCAUAUUGUAAUGUUUUGUUUAAUUGAAAACACUUGCACCAGCCACAAAAUAGUUCAAUUUUAUACAAAAGAAAAAACAAAAACAAAAUUGUAAAUUACAUUGAAAUCGGACUAAGUAUAUUAAUUAAAAAAAAAGAAAAACAAAUUUAAAUUCUGUGUGUGUGCUAAAGAGUUACAAUAUGAUUAUGCAAAAAGGUAAUAGAAACCGGCAAAACCACAGACGUAAACAGCGCAUAGUUUAGUAGUCAUAUAACUAAAUAUAUUAUUAUAUACAUCUAUAAAUAUAUACAUACAUAUUAUGUUUUACAAUUAAUAAAUACAAGAACCUAUUGUAUGUAUAGAUUAAGUUCAAAAUGAGAAAAGCUAAAAAAAAAUCAACAACAAAACAAAACACAACAAAAAAAUAAAACAAACUUUAAAAAACUAAACAUUAUUGCCGAAAAUUAAUCAUCGAUGUUGGAUGUUGAGAAUGUGUAACGGUAUCUCAGUUAGCUAGUUAAUUCAUUAAAUUGUAUGUAGAUAAAUUUACCAAUUUUUUUAUUGCUAUAUUUUGUAUUCAUUUAAUUAAUAUAUCAUUAUUAUUAUUAUUAUUAUUAUCAUUAACACAUAAAUAAAACCAAAUGGACAUUUGGACCCAAAUUAUCUGCCCACUGUUAGAUGCCAAGGAA